GACUAUCUGUACCCCGAACGUGCGUGCAGUAGAGUGAAGAAGAAUCCACCAAUCAAAACCCUAGUUAUCCUUUUUGUUUGCUCAUCUGUCUGAUAAAAUUUUCAUCUGGGUAGAUGAGAAUCAAUUUUCCCAGAUACUUUACAUCAGAAAAACCUAGAAAAUCUAUCUUUCUACUUGUCUGACUGUCCGAAAAACCCAGAAGAAAAAUCUAAUUUAUCAGCAUUUUUUGACAUAGUUUUCUAUUUCAGCAACUGUCAUCUGCUUGCCCUUUUGAUAUAGAACCCAUUUCCCCAUGUAUUAAUAUUGAUUAGAUUCCAAACGACUAAAUUAGUUACAGAUUCAUGAUACCCCCCUCAGUGAGUCUUUUACCCUCUUUCAUGUUCUGAAUUUGAUGUUACCCUUGUUCAGAUUUGCAAUUUUAGUGGUCGCCCCAUUGUUAGUUUCUCUGAAAACGUCAAUUUGUUAACCUAAAUUUGCUUCUGUAUGUGUUUGGAUUUUUUGCUUUCUUCAUGGGUUCUUUUGCUUGUAUUAUGCUGUCUAAUUCAUACCCAAAGUGUUCAUUCGGUGAUGAAAUUACAAACACCCUAAACUGCCAUUUCCCAGAAAAGUUUUUCUUUCAGACACCAGUUAAUGUUGGCCAUUCCAGGUUAAAUUUUGGACCAGUAUUGGUUGGAAGCAAUGUAGAAGAGAAGGGAACAGUAGAGAUGGGAGAAGGGGAGAAGAAGAGGUAUAAGUGGAUUGAGAUAGGCCCUAAUAUUACAGAAGCCCAAAAAAUGACCAUAUCUCAAAUCUCGCUGAAGAUGACCAAGAGAUGUAAGGCCCUAGUGAAACAGAUUAUAUGCUUCUCCCCUGAAGAGAGAAGUUUAUCUGAUUUGUUGGCUGCAUGGGUGAAGAUCAUGAAGCCAAGGAGAGCUGACUGGCUCUCAGUUCUUAAAGAACUGGGGAGGUUGGAUCAUCCAUUGCUCCUUGAGGUGGCAGAACUGGCCCUCCUAGAAGAAUCUUUUGAAGCCAACAUUCGAGACUAUACCAAGAUAAUUGAUGGUUAUGGAAAGCAAAACAGGCUGCAGGAUGCCGAAAAUACCCUAUCAGCCAUGAAAAGAAGAGGCUUCAUCUGUGAUCAAGUAACCCUGACUGCCAUGAUUAACAUGUAUAGCAAGGCUGGAAACCUUGAGCUAGCUGAAAAAACAUUUGAAGAGAUCAAGCUGCUUGGCCACCCAUUGGAUAAAAGGUCCUAUGGUUCAAUGAUAAUGGCCUAUAUCAGAGCUGGAAUGCCUGAUCAGGGAGAGAUUUUAGUGAAAGAAAUGGAGGCCAAAGAAAUUUAUGCUGGAAGGGAAGUUUACAAGGCAUUGUUAAGAGCAUAUUCCAAUACCAGUGAUGCUGAAGGGGCUCAAAGGGUCUUUGAUGCUAUUCAAUUUGCGGGUAUUUCUCCUGAUGUUAAGCUGUGUGCUCUCCUUAUAAAUGCCUAUCGAGUUGCAGGUCAAACUCAAAAGGCCCAUGUUGCAUUUGAAAAUAUGAGGAGAUCUGGUCUCAAACCUAAUGAUAAAUCUAUUGCACUGAUGUUGGCUGCAUACGAAAAGGAGAACAAGCUUAACAAGGCAUUGGACUUUUUGAUAGAUUUGGAAAGAGAUGGUAUUGUUCUUGGGAAAGAAGCUUCAGAACUACUGGCCGCCUGGUUUCAGAGGCUAGGGGUGGUGAAAGAGGUGGAACUUGUACUAAGAGAAUAUUCUGCAAAGGAAGCCAGUUGUGAAGUUCACCCUUCCUAGCUCAUCUCCAAGCUCUUUGAUGACGCAUCUCCAUCAGGACCAGCCUCACCCGUCCAUGCAUUCUUUGUUUUUUUGGCUAAACUUGGUAAGAUUCUCAAAAUAAUUUCCCUAUCAGCUUGGUAGAUAUGGUCAAGAAAAACAGCAAUCAGUUGACAAGUUUACUAAUGUAACUGGGGUUCUCUUCUUGAUGCAGAACUCUAGGUUUUGCCCCUGUAAUUUUUGUAAUCAUUUUUGUUCCUCAACAUUUGCCCAGUUAAAGAGUACCAACAACCUGUAGGCUUGAGCUUUGUAAGGAGAACUCUACGGCUAUGCAAAAGUACUUAUUGUUACAUGAAAUGUAAAGUGCUUCUGUCUAUUUUUGGUUUA